UAUUUACUUCCAAUGUAGACGUCCCUUGAGAGAUAGAGGAUUGCUUCUUUUUCUUCUUUAAAAUGACCCGGAAUUCCUAUUUCAUUAGCCAAUCUCAUUAAAUAGAGGAUUGCGAAUUGAAGAUAAAAUUUUUUAUUAUACUAGUUCAGAAGUUCUUCAAAAUAAUGACAAACAGACCUAUGAUCUGUUCUUUUUAGCUGCAUUGCUGAAUUAGUACCAUAAGUUAGAGUGAAACAAAUAUACUUUCUCUCACUCUAACUUAUUGCGUUAGUCCAUCAGUGCAACUAAAAAGAACAAAACAAUUGUUUCACAGUCAAAUUUUAACAAUGGCUGCAUUCAGUAGACUCAACAGUUGCACAACAGUUGAGUAAUUUGUCAAUGUAAUUGGUCUAGAUUUAGGGAUCUAAUAGCAAGAACCAAUAAUCGUUGAUUGCUCACUGAGCGCUUUUUCUACUGAAUGCGCCCAAUGGGUGCAUUCAGCGGAAAAAGCGCUCAGGGUGCAAACUUAUGCAGCGGAAUGCGGAACGAGAGCGGAAUCACGAGCGUUCCACAGUUUUCGCUCAUGAUUGUUUCCGCUUAUGAUUUCCGCUCUCAUUUCGCGCUCCGCUAUUCCGCUGCAUGGGUUUGCAUCCUCAAUGAGCAAUCAGCAAUUAUUAUUUCUUACUGUUAGAUCCCUAAAUCUAGACCAUUUACAUUGACGAAUUGCUCAAUUGUUGUGCAACUGUUGUGUUCGCUGAACGCAUCCAAUAUUUGCAGAUCAUAGUGACCUCAAGCGGAAUUCAACGGAGUCAUUUUCCUAAUAGUCUUUUUUCAUAUGUGGUAAAAAAGCCACUGAGUACAGGCCUGGAACCAUAGAGAGAGAGAGAGAGAGAGAAAGAGAGAAACGGAGUCAUUUAACCUAUCAAUUGCUAUGCGUUUUAUUAAAUCAUAGAAUUUAAGAAUAAAAAAAUACGUUUAAUAUUUGUAACAAAAUAAAAUAAAAAGUCUAUAGACUAUUUAAUUUAUUUAUCGUAAUGCGAAAUUUUUUUACGCGCACUAUUCCAUCAGUCAUGUUAUGUACGCAUUUGUAUAAGUCGAGUCUUGCCUUUGUUCCAAAAUGUAAUCCAGUAAAAACAGAGGAUGUAAUGAAACUGAGAGAAUUUAUUAACAAACAUCAUCAACUGUGCAUAUUAACCGGAGCAGGAAUAUCUACAGAAAGUGGUAUUCCUGACUAUAGAUCAGCGGAAGUCGGACUUUAUGCACGUAGCGAUCGUAGACCUGUUCUCUAUAAAGAGUUUUGUGACAGCGAAAGAACCAGAAGACGAUACUGGGCCAGAAAUUUUGUUGGUUGGCCAAGGUUUUCAUCUCUCAAACCAAAUGUUACACAUAUAGUACUACAAGAUUUGGAAUAUCUUGAAAAGGUAGGAUGUAUUAUUACACAAAAUGUAGAUAAUUUACAUUCAAAGGCAGGAAGUAAAAAGAUAAUAGAACUACAUGGAACAGCAUUCAGAGUGAUGUGUCUUAAUUGCAAUCAUAAAAUAUGUAGAUAUGAACUUCAAAAGCUUUUCCAGGAACUUAAUCCAUCUAUGAUUGCAACAACUCAAAUGAUAAGACCAGAUGGAGAUGUAGAGUUAUCACAGGAACAAGUAGAAGGCUUUAAUGUUCCAGCUUGUGGUAACUGUGGGGGUGUUUUGAAGCCAGAUAUUGUGUUUUUUGGUGAUAAUGUGCCACAUGAUAUAGUGCAGAAUGUGAAAGCUAAUGUAGAGAAUUUGGAUGCUCUACUAAUUUUGGGUACAAGUCUUAGUACCUUUUCUGCAUACAGAAUUGUAUUGCAAGCAAUCAAUGCCAAUAAACCAAUAGCAAUAAUAAAUAUUGGCAAAACUAGAGCCGAUGAAUUAGUAAACUUGAAAGUGGAGGGAAGAUGUGGAGAUAUUUUACCAAAAGUUUGGCAAUGCCAAAUUCCAAACAGUUUAAUGAGAUAAUGAUAGGUGUAAAUAAUUUUUUAAAUGUAACUUGUGUGCAUAGUCACUUAUUCAAUUGUUGAAUUUGAAGAGAAUAUUUAUCAAGGAAUUACAUGUAUUCUAAUAUAUAUUAUUAAUAAUAUAUAUCAUGUAUAUACGUUUUUUAAUGAUACCAAAAUCAAGGAUACAAUAAACACUCUUGUUGAAAAAUUG